AUGCCCGAUGGCGACCCAUCUCAACAACCGUUAGUCCGCCGCGUCGCUGAUCGCCCCCAAGUCGAUGCCCUACGGACGAGCGAAAUUCAAAAGGCCCAGUUGGCUUGUUUACUUCAAGACAAGGGCUCUUGUGUCAUCACGAAAUCUGCCGACCCCAAAACCUGCCUGGUUCUCCAAUUUCCAGACAAGGAAGAUCUGGCUACAAUGGAAGACGAAGACGUGCAAGAACACCUGAAAGCCAUGUUCGGAUUGGACAUGAUCCACUCUAUUACCACUGCUCAGCUGCAGGCUGCGUCACUCUCCUUGACGAAUGUCAUCUCCCUAAAUGAUACUCUCUCGAAAUGGUGGGCAAAAUCCUGGAUCGCCCUCGAACCUGUUGCAAAAACCGACCUCUCAAUUCGACUUCGACUCAGAUGGCUUAGAGAGCCCUUGCUUGACGAGAAGAGUUGUAAUUCGGCGGGAAAAGCCCGAGAGGACGAGAUAUAUCUCAGAACCGUAUUCCUCAACGCAGACCCACGUCUGAAUUCUAAGAAAAGACGCGCGCAAUCUGGCAAACCACUUCGCAUGGUCCAUUUUGAGACACGCGAGUACAUUGAGGACGGCUACGAAUGCGACAUCACGGCAGACAAGAAGGAAGAUCUUCCAGACUUUGGAUUGCUUGAAUUCCGGUAUAAACUUUCACUGCUGAUAUCCCUGAGCGGCGAGGGACUGGAUAAGCGAGAGUGA